AUGUCAACAAUAGCAAAUAAACAAAAAUUAGUUGAACAAUUACGUGCUGAAGCUAAUAUUGAACGUGUUAAAGUAUCAGUUGUAUGUAAAGAUUUAAUAAAAUUUUGUCAAGAUCAUGAAAGUGCUGAUGUUUUGGUUCGUGGUUGGGCUGGUUUUGCAAAAGAAAAUCCAUUUAAAGAAAAACAAGGUUGUGUUACUUUAUGA